UGGCCCCCUGUUUAAAAAGUUUGAGGACCCCUGAUUUAGAGCGUAGUCAUUCUGUUUGGAUUUAUGUAUAAAUGGAAGUGUAUCAUACUACAUUUGACCCUUCGACAACAUGGGAGGUAGGAGUGCCCACCGCCAAUCGAAAAUCGGCUUAUAACCUAAGUUCGCCCUCUGCAUCGCUGGAUUCCCAGGGCCAGUUGACCCUUAUACAGUGCAGCUUUGAACAGCGUGGGCAUACGUGAGCCUGUGUUGUAAUCUAUAUUUAUUUUAAUCUAUAAGGCAUUUGGCAGAAAAACUGGAAAAUACGAUUCUACAAUAAAAAUUUAAAAAGAAAAACGGUACGAUGUAACUUACAUUUCAAUAUAAUCAUUCAAAGUGGCUAUCUUGCUAUUUCUACCAGAAUGCUUCUGGUUUUAAUGAUUUCAACAGGAUGUGAGUUUUUGAGAACAGUAACUAACCGUCGUGGUGAUCCCCCACAACCCGCGUCAGCCCUGCCCCCACCAUCCACGGUGCCCGAGCCGCCCCUCGGCCCCUCCCCCCAGGUCCGUGUCCUGCCUCCUUCCUCAGCCCAGCAAGCACCAGGCCACUGUGAGGAAUGACGGGAUCACGCACACAGCUGGCAGGUCCCGACUGGCUGGAGGCAGCGCUGCUCUACUAUCUGCCCGCUGAUUGGCUCCGUGGGCGACGUGGGGCUACAUCCUCGCGUGCCGUGUCGUAAGCCACGCAUUCGGCGGCAGCUCUCUGUGGAGACUGGUGCUCGUUUGAGGAACUCGCUGACCAGUCCCUCCGACCUCGCUGACUCGAGGCAAGUGCCGCUGACCCAUCCGCCUGUGCCGUGUGUGCUGUGGUUACGAUGAGUAAGAGUGAAUGUGGGAGCCAUGGCGGCUUCUUUGCCGCGAGUGGGGCCAGUGGCAGCAAUGACGGGCCCUCGCAGGGUGGCACGGCUCCUUUUCUGAAGGCGCCAAGGUCCAGGGCUCGAAUCGAGCCCAUUAUCCCGUGUUGUGUGAACCAGCUGCUCACUGCUUCUCUGGUCGAUGAUGUUUUCAAGGUCAGGGGCAUAGUGGUUUCCCAGGUCUCUAUCGUGGGGAUCAUCAGGAAGGCGGAGAGAGCGCCAAACUACAUUCUCUACAAGAUUGAUGAUAUGACCACCAAGCCUAUCGACGCCCGCCACUGGCUGGGCAGAAGCAAAGCAAAGCAGGAGCUGGCUCCCUGUCCCGUGGGAGUGUACGCUAAAGUGUUAGGUAUCCUCAGAGGUUCUGCGGAGGUGAGGCUCCUCGAGGUGUUGCAGAUCCGCGUCCUGGAAGAUAUGAACGAGUUCACCGCACACAUUCUAGAAACGGUCAACUCGCACAUGAUGCUUUCGAAAGCCCAGGAAGAGGCCUACGGGCAGAGCGCGCCCUCCGCUCCCCCUGAGGCGCCGCAGGCUCCCGAGCCCCGCGAGGUCCGCCCGCAGGUUAUUCAGGCGGAGGUUCUGCGUUUGAUUCGCGAGUGUCCUCACCAGGAAGGCAAGAGCGUCGGAGAGCUCCAGGCCGACCUUGGCAGCCUGAGCAUCAAGGCCAUCAAGGAUGCCCUCGAAUAUCUGAUGGUCGAGGGCCACAUCUUCCCCACUGUGGAUGGCCAGCAUUUUAAGUCUGCUGAUUAAGGCGGCGAGAAGAACUUUCAGUUUCUGAAGACCGCGCUCCGGCUGUGACUGAGUUUGACCUGUUGACUUUUAGGAAGUAGUUUUAUUUUUCAACAAAACUCUUAACUGGCAUCCCUUUGGAACCUCACUGCUUUUCCAACAGCUUUGAACUUUUCUGUUUUUCUAACUAUAUUUGAAGCUCAGAGGGAGAUCGAGAUGGAUAAAUUGAUUGGACUUUUGUAGGCUUUACCAGCAAGCAAGUGAAAACAAUCGGGUAAAUUUGGGGGCGAAGAGGUACAGAAAAAGUUGAAAAUUGUUAUUUUGUUGUGUGGGAGCUUCUUUUUGAAAUGUCUAGGUAUUUGGAGAAAAUAGAUGUAGUCACGGAGCCAGCUAAGAGACAAAAAAAAAAUGUUGUUUUUACAGUUACUUAUUUUUCGUUUGCACUUAGCUUAUUAUAGUCAUUGUUAUCUCUUACUAAAUGUAGUAGUUGAUUAAUUCAAAUGUGCUAAAGAGAGCAGUUAGUGAACUGAAAUGCUCAAUUCAAGUGUUUGUUGAAUGAUUUACUUUUAUAACCAUAGGUUUAUUUUCUGUUUAAACUGCAGGGUCAUCUUUGAAUGCUGUUUUUUUAAGUGACUGUUUAAUGGAUGUUUCAAAUAAGAUGUAGUGAAAUUUGGAUUAAAUUACAGUAUGUUGUAGUUUUAUGGUACAUGGAUGUUUGAUGUUCUAAACUAUUAUUUUAGACUUAACUGCUCAGUUUUAUAUAUAACAAUGUUUUAUUCUUAUAGGUUAGGUUAGGCAAACAAAGAAUAUGUAA